AUGUAUGGUGAUAAUGAAAAUAGAAAAUUAGAAGAAAAAGAAAAAGAAAAAGAUAUAAAUGAAGUAAACGAUUCAAACAUAAUACCCUUUUGUAUUAAAAAUAUUUUAGAGUCUACACUUGAAGAAAAUAUACAUAAUGAAGAUUUUUUAACUGAGAAAAAUAAAGAAUUAAAUAAUUUUAUUGAAAAUAACAUUCAUAUAAAUAUUUAUAAUGAUAAAGAAAAUGAAAAAUAUAUUGUUUGUGAUGAUUUUGAAUUUAAUAAUAUAAAUAGUGAAUGUUUUUUAAAUUAUCAGAAUAAAAAUUGUCCAAAUAUAGAAAUAUUAGGUGAAAAAAAUAGCUCUACUAAUCCCCAUAUUAAAUUAUUUGUAAAAGAAAAAAAAAAUAAAAAAAGAAAAAGAAAUUAUAUUAAUAUUAAUAAAUUGAAUUUUGAUUUUGAAAAAGAAGAUUUUGCUUCUACUUCAAAUGAUGAGAUAAUAACAAUUAAACAUCAGAACGAAAAUAUAAAUAAUAAUUAUAUUAAUAUGGAAAAUAAAAUAAUUAGGGAGCUAAUUGAGCCACCACCAAUACCAUUUAAUGAAAAAUUUCGAAAAUAUAAUAAAGAAAUAAGUGAUUUAUAUACAAAGUCAAAAAAUAGUGAUGAAACAUUAAAUAUAUAUUUAGCUUCUCAACUUUUAUGCUUAAAAGAAGAAAAUACUUUUGUAAAUGCAAACUAUUUUAUAAAUGAAUACUUUGAUAACUUUAUAAUGAAAAAAUUAAAUAUUGCAAAUUCAUCUGAUGAAAAUAUUAUUAAUCAAAAUAAAGAUUUACAGGAACUAUUAAAGUAUCUCAUGUCAUGGUAUUUCUCAGGUUUUUAUUCAGGAAAAAUGAGUGUUCUAAAAUAA